CAAAGAAUAGGCAAAGCAGCAAAACACUGACUCUCUCUCUCUCUCUUUCUCUUCUAUUUCUUUCAUUUGGCCAAUUCUCUCUCUUUCUCUAUCUCUCGGUGCGUCGCCUGCUUUCCGUUUUUCUUCGCAUUUCAUCUGCCUACACAUCACUACUGCUCCUCUGCACUUCUCAACACGACACUGCAACUCAUUGAAGCAAAGCAAACAGUAAAACCAAAGCACCCCAAAUAAAUAAAAGCAAAAAUCUUUCACUGUUUCUUUCAGGCUUUGAAGAAGAAGAAGAAAGAUAUGGGUAUUCUACUCGACGACGUAGUGAUCGUAAGGCAAUCAGAGAAUGAAGGAGAGCCUAGUGUUAUCACUAUUAACUGCCCUGAUAAAACUGGUUUAGGCUGUGAUUUAUGCCGCAUCUUGCUCUUUUUUGGUCUUAGCAUUGUUAGAGGAGAUAUAUCCACAGAUGGGAGAUGGUGCUACAUAGUGUUUUGGGUGGUUUGUAAGCCAACUACAAGAUGGGAUACUUCGAGAUGGGAAUUGUUGAAGAAAAGAUUAGUUGGGGUUUGCCCCUCUUGCUCUUCGGCUUCUGGGAUUUCUUAUUACCGUUCUGAAUUGCAGCCUCCGAAGCCUCCUGAUGUCUUUCUCCUCAAGCUUUGUUGUUAUGAUAGAAAAGGCCUUUUACAUGAUGUGACAAAAGUUCUUUGUAGUCUUGAACUCAAUAUAAAGAAAGUGAAGGUGUCAACAACUCCAGAUGGGACGGUGGUGGACCUAUUCUUUGUUACAGAUACCAGGGAACUAUUACAUACAAAAAAGAGGCAGGAGGAGACUUAUAAAGCAUUGGAAGAUGUUAUGCAGGCUGCUGUGAUUAGCUGUAAUAUUGAAAAGGUUGGACCUGAAAUUACUGCAUGUUCUCAGGCAUCUCCAUUUCUCCCAUCGGCAAUAACAGAAGAUAUUUUCCACUUCGAGAUGUCCAAGGGAGGACUCCCAAGUGUAUCACUAACUUCCAACAAUGUUUCUGUCACGAUGGACAACUUGCUCAGUCCUGCUCACACGCUUGUUCAGAUCGUUUGCCAAGAUCAUAAAGGUCUUCUGUAUGACAUAAUGAGAACUCUGAAGGAUUACAACAUUCAGAUUUCACAUGGACGCUUCUAUAUAAAACAAGGAAGAAAGUGUGAGAUUGACUUGUUUGUAAUGCAAGCUGAUGGGAAGAAGAUAGUUGAUCCUAGCAAGCAAAGUGCAUUGUCCUCGCGUCUACAGAUGGAACUGCUCCAACCACUCAGAGUAGCUGUUGUGAGCCGAGGUCCUGAUACAGAGCUUCUGGUUGCAAACCCUGUAGAGUUAUCAAGCAAGGGCCGACCUCUUGUUUUUUAUGACAUUACCCUUGCUCUAAAGAUGCUUAACACCUGCAUCUUCUCGGCAGAGAUUGGGAGACACAUGAUUGGAGAUCGAGAGUGGGAAGUUUACAGAGUUUUACUAGAUGAAGGGGCUAGCUUAUCUAUUCCAAGACGAAAGGUUGAGGAAGGAGUUUGGAAGCUGUUGAUGGGUUGGGAAUAACUAUAAUGACAACAUUGUUCCUCCUGGAUGGCCAAGGCCCCUGCACAUUAUACUUUACCCUGCCACGAUGUAAAUUAUGGGUUAUAUGUCACUAAAAUUUCGCAUUUCACAUUUCCAGCUUCCGUGAGGCUAACCUUGUGAUACAGAGACGAGUUGGUAGCGAGGAGAUAAAGGCAUUGUAAAGCUCAUAUGGCAAUGUAUACUUGAAAGUUGUAUCAGAGGUAGAUAUCAUGCAUAUCUUGUUAUGUAAGUAUCUUUGGUGGGUCAGUUGGGUUAUAUGAAAGCAAUCCGACGAAAUAUCUGAAUCAAUUUUUAUUUCCCUGUGCGUAAAAAUGCAGAACAUCAUGUUGAAAAGAACAUCAAUUUCCAGUUUCCGCAUAUUAUCAGUUAUGCCAUAAGAUGGUGCCAAAAGUAGCUUCCGUGCUAACCUUUUGUCCGUAAAACUGGAUAGCUUCACCUGCAUAAUGAUGGACAAAAUUCUUUGCGAUACGGUUACUACUUGCUUGAAUGUGAAUCUCACCAUCAAAGACUGUCAAAUACACACGAUCCCUAGCAACCGAACCUGGAAUUUGGUUCACAGCCGUCUAUCUCUUCUGAUGAUAAAGAGAAUCCCUUCUACAUUCUUCCAAGCAAGAUAAGGGGAAAUUGGUUCCUGAAUUUGCUUGUUGGAGUUGUCUACGCUGAAUAAAGGUUUUCCUAUUUAGGUUUUCUUGCCAAGGCAUUCAAGAAAGAUAGGGAGACGGUGACGGAAAUUUAAUAUUUUGGCUCCAGUCCACUCCAUGUCUUCAUUUAUAUUCCCUCUUCUUCGUCUCCAAUUAAAUUGAUUCCAUCAGUUUUGUCUCCUCUUCUAUAGUGCCAGUGGAUGGAAAAUUUUAAAAUUUUGAAAAAAUUUAAAAUGAAAACAUUUCAAAAUGUAUCAUUUUACAAUAUUAGUAUUUGUUAUUAUUUUGU